GUGAGAGUUCAGUACAUUAUCAAAAUGGAUCAACGAUGGCUGCUGCUUCUGAUUGUCUGGCUGCCAACAAUUUUGUGCAAAAUAUACAGAACCAACAUCAUGAGAAAAACGAAAAUUAAGGACCGCUUGUGGGGGGGUGUGGGCCAAAAUACGGACAACUAUCAAGGUGGAUUUUUGGUACAAAUUAAAAAUGCCAUAGAUCAAUCGUUUUCGUGUGGUGGUUCAUACCUCGCACCAUUAAUUGUGCUGACAUCCGCCAAUUGCGUAACACCGUUCCGUUACCAAACUUAUGCAUCUUACGCGAUAACAACUGCCAAUUUAGAAGAAGAGGAAAACACCCAUUCCCUGGUAACUAUGAUAUUCAUUCCGGAAGACUUUCAGUACAUGCAUACGACUGAUGACCUUGCGGUAGUAAAAUUAAACAGACCGUUAGAAGGCUUAUUGACUGAGUUCAUAGGUAUUGCCAAACAAGCGCCUGAAGGUAACAUAACUUUGAGCACAUUAGGCUGGGGCCAUAGCAAAAUGAUGUAUCAACAGGCUUCGGAAGACCCUCUAUUAGUGAAUUUGACGCAUAUAGACUAUGAAAGUUGUCUUGAUCGCCUCGGUAAGAACAAAUACUUUUUGUCAGAAACAUCAGCUUGUGCACUGGAGCCAAAGAGUAUGUAUGAAUGCAUCUACGAUGGCGGCUGUCCUGUAAUUUUUGAGGAUAAGCUCGUUGGAAUCAUAUCCAUUGGCUUUUCUUGUAGGAAUACAUCGAAUCCCGCAAUAUAUACGAACUUGGUUCUACUUAGAGAAUACCUUAAAAUAACUAUAAUCAACUCAUACUAUUUGAGCAAUAGAGUCCGCGGAAAAACGAUGAACACAUUAAUGUUCGUAAAAACAGAUAACGGCUUCAAAAGAUACAAACCACUCAAAAAACGUCGCCCGAAAAAAAAACCCCGGAAACAUGCAAAAAAUUCCAAAUGGGAAAAACAUCAGCGACAGUAAAUCCGAACCUUAUUUUCAAAGUUAUGUAUAAAAAAAUAGUUAUCCUGUAAACUAUGAAAAAAAAAAAACAGAAAUUAAAUCAACUAAAGAAAUACAAUCAAACAGAAAUAUUCCAAGAUAUCCAGUACUCAUGUCAUCAAUAAGUCACUU